AUGGCGGAGAGGGCCCUCCCGCCAGCGGUGCCGGCGUCGCCCGAGCCGGCCUCCUCCUCCGUGGUCUCCACUGCGUUCGGCUCGCCGCUUGAGCCCGUCGCCACGGCGGCGGCGACGCCCACGCACGACACGUACGUGGUGCAGAAGCGCGGGACUAGCAGCGGCCAGGGGUCGGCCGCGUGCUCCCCGUGCGUCCUGCGCACGCUCGGGGCGCUGCUGGCGGCCGCCGCGCUGGUGGGCGCCGCCGUCCUCAUCUCCCUCGUCAUCUCCCUCGUCGUGCUGCGGCCGGGCGUCCCGGGCUUCUCCGUCGACCGGAUCACCGUGAUCAACUCGACGCAGCAGCAGCGCGUGGACUACGACGUCUUCCUCACGGCGGUGAACCCCAACAAGAUGACGGCGCUGUGGUACAGGAGCGGCACGGCGAGGCUGACGCACCACGGGACGACCCUCGCCAAGGGCGACGUCGGGCAGCCCGCGGACGGCGGCGAGGACGCCACCGACUUCAGCGUGCUGCUGCAGGGGGUGAAGCACAACGGCCGCUUGCCCAGGGCGGUGGAGAAGGGGUUCAGCGGGUCCAAGGACCACCUCGUGCUCCAGCUCGCCGUGGAGGUCACCGUGCAGGUGCACGUCGGCGCGCUCGGGUUCGGGCAGAGGAGGCUGGCCGUGGACUACGGGAUCACCGCCGCCGGGCUGAGCAAGGACGUGCACAUUGCGUCGCAGAAUUGCAAGAGCAGCUUCCGGAACUGA